CAGCCGGCGCUGAGCGCGGCAGGCGCGGGAGCUGGCGCUGGAGCCGGAGCGGCGGCGGCGGCAUUCACGGGGCGGCGGCGGCGCGGGCUCCGGCACGGGCUCGGGCUCCGGCAUGGUGCAAUCUAGACUCGUCCCGGGAGAGCGGGGCCCGUGCGCGGGGCCGGCGCCCGGGGAGUGGCGGCAGCGGCGGUGGCGGUGGUGGCUGCAGGCGCAGGCAGGCGGCAGGUGCUAAAAGCGGGGCUGGGCGAGGUGUGUACCCGCUGGGCUCCCGGGCCGCCGCCCCCUCACUGUCCGGGUUUGUCCUUCUUUUCGUGCUCCCCAGUGUGUCCAGCCCCCUGCCUCCGCGUCCCGGCCCAUGGCGCCCCGCGGUUGAGCCGGCGCCGCCAGGGACCCCUCCCGUGGGCCUCCCCGGGGCGCGCAGAUCCCGGAGCCGCCCGCCUACCCUCCGCGGAGCCUCCCUCCCCUCUUCGCCCGAGUCGGGCGGGACCAUGGCCGCGAAGCUGCGAGCGCAUCAGGUGGACGUGGACCCGGACUUCGCGCCGCAGAGCCGGCCGCGCUCCUGUACCUGGCCCCUGCCGCAGCCCGACUUGGCCGGCGACGAGGACAGAGCUCUGGGCGCAGGGGUGGCCGAGGGCGCUGAGGACUGCGGGCCGGAGCGCCGGGCUACGGCCCCGGCAAUGGCCCCAGCGCCGCCGCUGGGCGCGGAGGUCGGACCGCUGCGGAAAGCAAAGAGCUCCCGGCGGAACGCGUGGGGGAACCUGUCCUAUGCCGACCUCAUCACCAAAGCCAUCGAGAGCGCCCCGGACAAGCGGCUCACGCUCUCGCAGAUCUACGACUGGAUGGUCCGCUACGUGCCCUACUUCAAGGAUAAAGGCGACAGCAACAGCUCGGCAGGCUGGAAGAACUCCAUCCGGCACAACCUGUCGCUUCACACCCGUUUCAUCCGCGUGCAGAACGAGGGCACUGGCAAAAGUUCCUGGUGGAUGCUGAAUCCUGAGGGUGGAAAGACGGGAAAGACCCCGCGGCGCAGGGCUGUGUCCAUGGACAACGGGGCCAAGUUCCUUCGCAUCAAGGGCAAGGCAAGCAAGAAGAAGCAGCUGCAGGCGCCCGAGCGAAGCCCCGACGACAGCCCUCCGGGCGCGCCUGUCCCUGGGCCUGUGCCUGUCGCGGCCAAGUGGGCCGCCAGCCCGGCCUCGCACACCAGCGACGACUACGAGGCGUGGGCCGACUUCCGCGGCAGCGGGAGACCCCUGCUUGGGGAGGCUGCCGAGCUGGAGGACGACGAGGCCCUGGAGGCCCUGGCGCCGUCAUCGCCGCUCAUGUACCCGAGCCCAGCGAGCGCGCUCUCGCCGGCGUUGGGUGCGCGCUGCCCGGGGGAGCUGCCACGCCUGGCAGAGCUGGGAGGCCCGUUAGGCCUGCACGGCGGCGGCGGCGGCGGCGCGGGGCUGCCGGAGGCCCUGCUGGACGGCGCGCAGGACGCGUUCGGGCAGCGAGCCCGCGCCGGGACGCCUGCCUACUUCGGCGGCUGCAAAGGCGGUGCCUAUGGCGGGGGAGGGGGCUACGGGCCGCCAGCGCUGGGCGCGCUGCGGCGCCUGCCUAUGCAGACCAUCCAGGAGAACAAGCAGGCCAGCUUCGCGCCGGCCGCCGCGCCCUUCCGUCCCGGAGCGCUGCCCACCCUGCUGCCGCCGCCGCCGCCCGCACCGAGGCCCAGCCCGGUGCUGGGCGCGCCCGGGGAGAUGGCGCUGACAGGUGCGGCAGCCGCCUACCCCGGCAAGGGGGCGGCCCCGUACGCGCCGCCGGCGCCCUCGCGCAGUGCCUUAGCCCACCCCAUCAGCCUUAUGACGCUGCCCGGAGACGCGGGCGCCACAGGCCUGGCACCACCUGGCCAUGCCGCCGCCUUUGGGGGCCCGCCCGGUGGCCUCCUACUGGACGCGCUGCCCGGGCCAUAUGCGGCCGCAGCCGCCGGGCCGUUGGGUGCUGCGCCGGACCGAUUCCCGGCGGACCUGGACCUCGACAUGUUCAGCGGGAGUCUUGAGUGUGACGUCGAGUCCAUCAUCCUCAACGACUUCAUGGACAGCGACGAAAUGGACUUCAAUUUUGAUUCAGCCCUGCCUCCACCGCCGCCCGGCCUGGCCGGGGCCCCGCCUCCUAACCAGAGCUGGGUUCCGGGCUGAGGACCGCCUCCUGCGUCCUGGGUGCCCGGGUCCCUUCCCCAGGGGGCCUCUGUCUUCCCAUCCUGAUCCCCGGGUCCCCAGCCCCAAUCCAGCUCCACGGGGAGGAUCCAGGAGGCAGCCCCAGCCCUGCUAAGACAUCCCUCAGAAGCUGACCACAGAGAGAAGAGAGAGGGAGGGGCUGGGGCACCCCACCUUUCCUGCCCCACCUCCUGAGACCCGCUCCCCCUCCUCCCGGGGCAAAAAGCCUGGGAAAGGAGGCUGAAAUCUGGGCCACGUGGGAGUGGGAAGGAACAUGGUGGGCCACCUGGUUUGGAUGCUGGCGGGAGAGGCCAACUAGGAGAUGGGGCAGGGAGCGAUUCCGUAUCUUCAGUUUCAUUUGUGGAGCCCUUGAGGUGACGUGAUGCAUAGCCCACCCCACACUCUAGUUUGAUUCUCAAUUGACACUUUUCCCUACUGGUCUUAGCCUCACCACUGGAAGCCAGCAACCCUCUCUUGAAAACUCACUCACACCCACCUAUUGCCCCCACCCCAGCAGUCCGAGGUUGCCCUCCGUAGACCCCCAUCCCCAUGGUUCAGCCGCUCCCUCACAUUCUAGCCGCCCCCAUUCCCACCCUAACCCAAUGGCAGUCUGUCCCUCUCUUCAACCCCCACAUCCGCAGUACUGGUCUCAGUCUCUUCAGCAGGCCUCAGCUCUGGAUCCACCACCCCACCCCAUCUACCACCCCUUUCUCCGUGCCAGUCCUGGCCCCUCUCCCAUAUUUAUAAGUGUCCCGUCGGGGCGGGCGGUGGGGGCGGCGUCCCCGGCGCGUAUCGUAGGCAGUGUACUGUGGCCGUGCCGUCAGCGUGUGCGUGUGCGUGUGUGCCGUGUCCAGGCCGUGUAGAGUGCAUUGUACAGCAUAUUUUCAUGAAUAAAAUUGUUUUAAAUAUU